UUUUAGAGAUCUUUUCUUUUUUUUUUUAGGACUGUCAUCACCAUAGCAACCGUCUGCUGGGCCUUUAUAUAAAAACAGACAGUACAUUCUACAAUGGGAUGGAAACCAAAGAGGUUUUGGUCUCUUCUCUGAACGCCACCUUCAACAGCCUCAACACUGACAAGACAGGCAGAAGAAUAAGGUGGAAGAUAAGAACAGGUGGUGAAGACACAGAGAGGAGGACCUACAGAUCUACAGUUGAAAGAUGAGACUUGGACUUUGAAGUUGUGAGGGUGUGAUGGCGUCCUCAGCUCAGACGCUCACAGACACCAGGACUGAUGAGGAAGAAACGAGCAGCUCCUCCUCUCCCACAGUUUCCUCCACACAUGAAGGUGGAAAGUGUCAGGGAGAAAAAAUGGUGACACCUCAAGAGGUCCUCUUCAGAACUUUAGAAGAUUUGGGAGCUGAGGACUUCGAAAAAUUCAAGUGGUUCCUGCAACAGCAGGGGGUGCUAGAAGGCCUACCAGCAAUCCCAAAGAGUCGACUGGAGGAUGCAAACCGCAUGAAAACCAUAGAUCAGAUGUUUCAGACUUACAGUAUAAACACGAUGCAAGUGACCAGAACAGUUUUAGUGAAGAUAAAUCAGAAUGAACUUGUGAAGAAAUUAUCAAACACCUCCUUCGAACCUGAAGAGAUUCUUGCUGAGUGCCAGAGAAAACUCAAAUCCAAAUUACAAGAGAAGUUCCAGUCUGUGUUUGAGGGGAUCACUAAAGCAGGAAACCAGAUCCUUCUGAAUCAGAUCUACACAGAGAUCUACAUCUUAAAGGGAGAAACUGCAGAGGUCAACAUGGAGCAUGAGGUCAGACAGAUUGAAACAGCAUCCAGGAAACCAGACAGACCAGAAACAACAAUCAGACAAGAAGACAUCUUUAAAGCCUCACCUGGAAGAGAUAAACCAAUAAGAAGAGUGCUGACACAGGGAGUGGCUGGCAUUGGGAAAACAGUCUUAACACAGAAGUUCACUCUGGACUGGGCUGAAGACAAAACCAACCAGGACAUCCACUUCACAUUUCCAUUCACUUUCAGAGAGCUGAACGUGCUGAAAGAGAAAAAGUUCAGCUUGGUGGAACUUGUUCAUCACUUCUUUUCUGAAACCAAAGAAGCAGGAAUCUGCAGGUUUGAAGAGUUCCACGUUGUGUUGCUCUUUGACGGUCUGGAUGAGUGUCGACUUCCUCUGGACUUCCACAACACUGAGGUCCUGACUGAUGUCACAGAGUCCACCUCAGUGGAUGUGCUGCUGACAAACCUCAUCAGGGGGAAACUGCUUCCCUCUGCUCGCCUCUGGAUAACCACACGACCUGCAGCAGCCAAUCAGAUCCCUGUUGACUGUCUUGACAUGGUGACAGAGGUCAGAGGGUUCACUGACCCUCAGAAGGAGGACUACUUCAGGAAGAGAUUCAGAGACGAGGAGCAGGCCGGCAGGAUCAUCUCCCACAUCAAGACAUCACGAAGCCUCCACAUCAUGUGCCACAUCCCAGUCUUCUGCUGGAUCUCUGCUGGAGUUCUGGAGGAGCUGAUGGAAACCAGAGAGCGAGGAGAGCUGCCCAAGACCCUGACUGAGAUGUACAUCCACUUCCUGGUGGUUCAGUCCAAACGGACAAACGUCAAAUAUCAUGGGAAAUCUGAGAGAGAUCCACACUGGAGUCCAAAGAGCAUGAAGAUGAUUGAAUCUCUGGGAAAACUGGCUUUUGAUCAGCUGCAGAAAGGAAACCUGAUCUUCUAUGACUCAGACCUGACAGAGUGUGGCAUCGAUGUCAGAGAAGCCUCAGUGUACUCAGGAGUGUUCACACAGGUCUUUAAAGAGGAGAGAGGACUGUACGAGGACAGGGUGUUCUGCUUCGUCCAUCUGAGUGUUCAGGAGUUUCUGGCUGCUCUUCAUGUCCACCUGACCUUCAUCGAGUCUGGAGUCAAUCUGAUGGCAGAAGCAAGGUGGUGGUCCAGAGUCUUCGGAGACAAACCUAAACCAAAACAUCUCUACCAGAGUGCUGUGGACAAGGCCGUACAGAGUCCAAAUGGACACCUGGACUUGUUCCUCCGCUUCCUCCUGGGUCUUUCUCUGGAGACCAAUCAGAACCUCCUACGAGGUCUGCUGACACAGGAACAGGAAAUAGGAAAUAACUCACAGACCAAUCAAGAAACAGUCCAGUACAUCAAGAAGAAGCUCAGUGAGGAUAUGUCUGCAGAGAGAAGCAUCAACCUGUUCCACUGUCUGAAUGAACUGAAUGAUCGUUCUCUAGAGGAGGAGAUCCAACAGUCCCUGAGAUCAGGAAGUCUCUCUCCGGAUAAACUGUCUCCUGCUCAGUGGUCAGCUCUGGUCUUCAUCUUACUGUCAUCAGAAACAGAUCUGGACGUGUUUGACCUGAAGAAAUACUCUGCUUCAGAGGAGGCUCUUCUGAGGCUGCUGCCAGUGGUCAAAGCCUCCAACAAAGCUCUGUUAACUGGCUGUAAGCUCUCCGAGAGAAGCUGUGAAGCUCUGUCCUCAGUCCUCAGCUCCCAGUCCUCUAGUCUGAGAGACCUGGACCUGAGUAACAACGACCUGCAGGAUUCAGGAGUGAAGCUUCUGUCUGAUGGACUGAAGAGUCCACUUUGUGAACUGAAAACCCUCAGUCUGUCAGGCUGUCUGAUCUCAGAGGAAGGCUGUUCUUCUCUGGCCUCAGCUCUGAGGUCCAACCCCUCCCAUCUGAGAGAGCUGGACCUGAGCUACAAUCAUCCAGGAGACUCAGGAGUGAAGCUGCUAGAGGAUCCACGCUGCAGACUGGACACUCUUAGGGUGGACCAUGGUGGAGAGCAGUGGUUAAAACCUGGUCUGAGGAAGUAUUUCUGUCAACUCACACUGGACACAAACACAGUAUACAGAGAGCUCAAACUGUCUGAGAACAACAGGAAGGUGACAUUUGUUGGAGACAAAAAGUCAUAUCCUGAUCAUCCAGAGAGAUUUGACUCCUGUCCUCAGCUGCUGUGUAGAGAUGGUCUGACUGGUCGCUGUUACUGGGAGGUCGAGUGGAGAGGAGAAGUUAAUGUAGCAGUGAGUUACAGAGGAAUCAGCAGGAAAGGAGGCAGUGAUGACUGUUGGUUUGGAUUCAAUGAUCAGUCCUGGAGUCUGAGGUGCUCUGAUGGUAGUUACUCUGUCUGGCACAAUAACAGAGAAACAUUCCUCUCCUCCUCCUCCUCCUCCUCCUCCUCCUCCUCCUCCUUGUUCUCCUCCUCCUCCUCUGGUAGAGUAGGAGUGUAUGUGGACUGUCCUGCUGGCUCUCUGUCCUUCUACAGAGUCUCCUCUGACUCACUGAUCCACCUCCACACCUUCAACACCACAUUCACUGAACCUCUUUAUCCUGGGUUUAGGUUGUCCUAUUAUUCCUCAGUGUCUCUGUGUGAUCUGUAGGACGGAGACGACUUCCUGUCCUGUGGUCUGAAUGUUGGAUGAAGCUUCACUUUGUUUAUCAUUUAAUUCUCUGAUUGUUUCUUUAAUGUCUCAAAUGUUUUCUUCUUAUAAACGGUGAAAUGAUCUCAGGGCUGAACUCUGAUUUUCUCUUGAAUCCAGUUUUUUUUGGAGCAGCGUCUUGUAGCUGCUAAUGUCUCUCGUGAUUGAUCUCAAUAAAGGUUUAAAGACUCACGAGAACAGCAGCUUCUAACAAAUGUAAAUCUGAUUCUGUUUUAAAGAGGAAUAAAGACAUUACCUUCACAAUCCAGAGUCAUUUUCUUAAAAAUAAAAAAUAAGAA